AUGUCGGUGGACUCCCCCGACCUCGUGGAGCCCACGGGAAGGCCCGUGCAGCUCGUCGCCGCACGCAGGCGCCUCGGGAGCUGGCACUUCGAGGUCGGCGAGGAUGCCACGCGGCUGUUCGAGAGCUACAAGGACUGCCAGGUGAUGGUGUGCACCGUGUGCGGCUCGCACCAGUCGGGAAAGAGCUACCUGGUCGGGAUCCUGGCGGGCCGCCUACCCGGGCCAGAGGCCACGGCGCGCGGCGGGGCGCGGUUGGCCGACGCCGCCGCGGCCAGGAGCGGGGACGGCGGCGGGCUGUGGGUGACCCCAGCGCGGGAGCGCGACAGCGGGCAGGAGCUACUGCUGGUGGACUGCGAGGGCCUCCGGGGCCCCGCUUCGGACAUGGACCGCGACGCCAAGCUCGUCGCGAUGUGCCUCCUGCUCUCCUCGGUCAUCCUGGUCAACGUGAAGCAUGUGGUCAGCGAGGCCAUACUGCGGGAACUGGGCCUCGUCUGCCAGCUCGCCAGCCACCUGGCGCAUCUGGCGGGGGGGCAAGGCGCCAUGGAGGCGCUGAGCAAGCCCGCGCUGAUGCUGGUGCUGCGGGACUUCGCGCUGGACCUCCGGGACGCGGACGGCUCGAGCCUUCAGCCGGACGAGUACCUGGAGCGGCUGCUCCAGCCGCAGCAGCGGUCCGCCGAGAGCCCACAGCGCUCGCAGAUGGGCCUGGAGGUGCGAUCCCAGAUCAUGGAGGGCUUCCCGCACCGCGGCUGUGCGGCUUUGGUGCGGCCCGCUGUGGAGGAGGAGGCGCUGCAGCGGCUGCCGCAGGUGGAGCUCGCUGGGCUGCGGCCAGAGUUCCGGGCCGGGGUCCGGCGGGCGCAGGGCGCACUCCUGGGGCUCGCCCGGGCCGCCGGCCCGAAGGCGGUGAACGGGCACGUGGUCAGUGGAGACAUCCUGGUGCGCAUGCUGACCGCCGUGGUGGAGCAGCUGAACGCGGGCGGGGCCAUGGACGUGCAGGGCGCGUGGGAGAGCUGCGCCCGCAAAGCCUGCGCGGACCUGGCCGCCCGGCUGAGCGACCAGGGCGCCCGGGCCCUGCAGGCGGUCGCCGACAACCCCCAGGCGCUGCCAAUGCCGGACGGUGUGCUGCAGGACGGCCUGCGGAGGAUCCGCGCGGACCUCCGUGCGGAGUUCGACGCCGACGCGCUGGGCGACGCGGAGGCGAAGGAAGAGGCCUGGGCGGAGGUGGCGGCCGUGCUGGAUGGCCACGAACGGGAGCUCCUGGCCCUCAAUAGCAGGGCCGCGGAGGAGAGCCUGCGGCCGGCCAUGGCGGACUGGGAGGCCUGGCUCAGGGACGGUCACGUCGCAGAGGACCCCCGGGGCAGCGCUUUGUCGCGGCUCAUAGCCAGAGGCCUGCCCUACGACUCCCUGACGCGCUACGCGCAACAGGCCCUCGGGAUGGUGCGAUCUGCGGCGCCCGCCGAGCCGCCCCCCGCCGCCCCCGCCGCCCCCGCCGCCCCCGCUACCCGCGACCCUUCUCCAAGGGCGCCCUCUCCGAGGGAGCCGCCGCCCGAGGCGGCCGAAGACCCCUCGGCGGAGGAGGCGCCGCCCGCGCCGGCGGUGCGGCGGGGGCUCACCACCGCAGCAGACCUGGACGGGGCCCCGGCCAAGCCGCUGCCUCGGUGUCCGGCGCUGCGGCUCGCGGCGGGCGCGUUGCGGAGCGCGUGGCCCCCGGCGUGCUGGCGCUCCCAGGCGCCCGCGCCGGCGGCCGACGAGGCGCGCGAGCCGCCGACGGCCGACGACGAGGCGGAACGAGAGCCGCCGCCCGAGGCGGAGCCCCGCCGGGCCCCCGGGCCGGAGCCCGAGGGCCCAUGGCAGCCCGAGCCAGGCACGUGGCAGCUGGUGGCGGAGGACGAGGACAGGCCCCUGGCCAUCGCCUUCGCCACCUUCCCGCCCGGGGCGGCCGAGGUGGACAGCGUGGAGCCCGGCUCCUGGGCCGAGCGCGCGGGGCUGAAGCCUGGGGACCAGGUGGUGGCCGCCAACCGCGAGCGUCUCGCCGCGAUGGACUCCGGCAGGUUCUCGGCGCACCUCGUCGUGAGGCCGCUGCUGCUCGACGUCAGGUCGCCGGCGAGCAGCGCGGCACCCGCGCCAGCGGGUUCAGCCGCGGCCGCCUCCGACGCGGCGCCGGGCGCGGGAGCCUCCGACGUGGCGCCGGGCGCGGCUUCGGGGGAGCCGCUGACGGUCACGUUUCAGCCUGGGAGGCUCGGUUUGCAGUACGACCGCCAGACGGGCGUGAUCGGGGAUGUCCGAGAGAACAGCCAGGCGCACCGGUGCGGCGUGAGGCGCGGCUGGUACAUCAGCAGGAUCGACUGGUUCCCCAGCGAGGGCCUCGUCACGGAGAUGCUCGAGGAGAGGAUGCAGGGCAACAGGCCGUACACGGUGUCCUUCCACCAGGACGGGGUGAUGAUCUCCAUGGUCUUCCCUGACCUCAACUUCCAGCGCCUGCGGGCCAGUCAGGCGGCGUACCUGUCGUUCCACCGGGCGCUUGCCGACGUCGCGUCGCGCCUCGGGGGCCUGAAGGCCACGCAGGCGGCCCCGUCCUUCUGCCAGAACCCGACGGGGUCUGGCAUCCUCGCGCGGGUGUGCCUGUUUCCACACGGCCUCGGCUACGAGACGCUGAUCGCGAAGCUGAAGAAAGAACCAGUCUCGGCCGAGAUCGCGCAGGCGGUGGCGCAGGAGGUGCCGGUUGCUGACCUCUUCCUGGAUUCGGACCGCGGCGGCGUCGACACCCUCUUCGUGCAGGACGUGGUCGCGGCCUGUGGCGACGCGGAGCGGCCGAACGAGUUUCGCCUUGGCUACGCCCAGGCACAACUGCCGAUGCCACCCCUGCCGCCCCCAGCGCACGCGCCCCCUGGCGCCAGGCCGACGUAG